GUUUCUCGACUCAUCACCUCGGUCAAGUAAUUUCUCCCUGUCCCAGAAUGUAAGUUGUGUGUUGGAUUUCCAAUGGCGUCCUACACAGUGGUCUUUGCACCUCUCAGGAACGAUCUAAACACGCUGGAUGCCUUACGUUUCUUCCUUUGGGUGAAGAAACUGAGGAACAUUGAAAGGGAAAAGGACCUUCUGUUGAUGGGAUUACAAGCUUUAGAGCAGGCGCGGUACAGAUUACGUUCCCAUCCGGAAGACAUCAGGACUACAACAGAAGAACAUCAAGGCAAUUUCAGGAAUGGAGAGAUAAGAGAAGACUGUCCAUACAUCCCCAAACUGUUGUUGCCUCCUAUCCACAGAGUAAACUGGACCUUGAAGAACCAUGUGUGGGGCUCCAGAAGGCUGAUUCUUUAAAAAUAUAUAUUUUUAAAGUAAUUCAAAUUAAAAUAUUACAGAGUACUUAAAUUUUCCCUGUUUAUUUUAUUUACCAGGUACUGGGGGAUAUCAAUGUUUACCUACAUGUUCAGUAUGAAGUGAAUGUUUUUGAUUAAAUGUGCAUUUAUACUGUAUUUUAACAAUUCAAAAUGCAUUUAUCUUUGAAUAGUGUGAAUUGAACUUAAAUUAUUUUGUGUGCAAACUGACAUCAAGUAUUA